AUCCACUUAUCUCUCUGGGACAGACUCCCCAUAACCUCAGCUUCUAUAAAUCUUGCAUCUCUUGAUUCUCUUCUCCACACACACACAGAGUCAUUUAAGCACACCCAUCUUUCCAUUUAUUUAUUUGUAUUAUAAACUCUUGGGAAAUGUGUUUUGCAUCUGUCUGUCUAUUUUGGUUGAGUAGUUAAAGUACUGGAAAAUACAGAUAGACUCACUGAAGAAUAGUAGUUGGUCCAUAUACUAAGCUUCAUUUAUUGAUCAUUGCAAGACAGUGUUUUCAAGUACAUUUCUUCUUGUAUCACAUAACUAACUUCAUUGCUUCCUCUCUUUUUUCUUAAAAAUCAAUUGACACAAAUUAAGAUGGUUGAGGACAAGAACCUUGGUUUUGAGGUCUCCAUGUCACCACCACAGGGAGGCUCCAAGUGUUUCGAUGAUGAUGGUCGCCUCAAAAGAACCGGAACUGUUUGGACAGCAAGUGCUCACAUAAUAACAGCAGUGAUUGGUUCUGGAGUUUUGUCUUUGGCUUGGGCCACUGCACAACUUGGAUGGAUUGCUGGUCCAACUGUUUUGUUCUUGUUUUCUUUUGUCACUUACUACACUUCUUGCCUCCUUGCUGCUUGUUACCGGUCUAGUGAUGGCAAAAGAAAUUACACUUACAUGGAAGCUGUUCAAACCAAUCUUGGUGGCUAUAAGGUUAAAAUUUGUGGGCUGAUUCAAUACAUAAAUCUGUUUGGAGUUGCUGUUGGUUACACAAUUGCAGCAUCUAUAAGCAUGGUGGCUAUCAAGAGGUCUAACUGCUUCCAUGCAAGUCAUGCAAAGAAUCCAUGUUUGGUUUCUAGCACCCCAUAUAUGCUUGCUUUUGGUGCCAUGGAAAUUCUGUUCUCUCAGAUACCAGAUUUUGAUCAAAUAUCUUGGCUCUCCAUAGUUGCUGCAGUAAUGUCCUUCACAUACUCUGCAAUUGGCCUUGCACUUGGUGUUUCUAAAGUCAUAGAAACCGGAAAAUUCAGGGGAAGUCUCACAGGAAUCAGCAUCGGAACUGUCAGUGAAACUCAGAAGAUAUGGAGGAGUUUCCAAGCACUUGGAGCUAUAGCUUUUGCCUACUCUUACUCCCUCAUACUGAUCGAAAUCCAGGACACAGUAAAAUCCCCACCAUCAGAAACAAAGACAAUGAAAAAGGCUACUUUAAUCAGUGUGGCUGUAACCACUGUUUUCUACAUGCUCUGCGGCUGCUUUGGCUAUGCAGCAUUCGGGGACUUAGCCCCUGGCAACCUUCUCACAGGAUUCGGAUUCUACAACCCCUACUGGCUCCUCAAUAUCGCCAAUGCAGCCAUAGUGAUCCACCUUGUUGGUGCAUACCAAGUCUACUGUCAACCUCUAUUUGCCUUUGUCGAAAAAUUUGCCACUAAAACAUUCCCACAAAGUGACUUCAUUAACAAGGACUAUGACGUCCCCUUGCCAGGAGGCUUUACUUACAAGCUCAAUCUUUUCCGCCUUAUCUGGAGGACAAUCUUUGUAUGCCUAACGACAAUCAUAUCAAUGCUCAUGCCUUUCUUCAACGACGUUGUUGGAAUCCUUGGAGCUUUCGGGUUUUGGCCACUCACCGUUUAUUUCCCAGUCGAAAUGUACAUAGUUCAGAAAAAAAUUCCCAGGUGGAGCACCAGGUGGAUUUCUCUCCAGAUCCUAAGUGCUGCUUGUCUAAUAAUUUCUAUUGCUGCAGCAGCCGGAUCAUUUGCAGGAGUUGUCACUGAUCUCAAGGUCUAUAAGCCAUUCAAGACAAGUUACUGAUGAUCAUAGGAGCCUGCAAUCUUUAUUUUACCAAGCUUUCUCAAAAACAGAAAAACUUUACUUUGAGAUUGAAAGAUUCUCUUUCAUGUUCAUUGUAACAAAUUGUAAUGUCUUCAAAUUUUCUCUUUCCCCUGAAAUAUCAGGUCAUUGUAUGUAUCAACUAUCAUCAUAUCAGAAAUCAAGAGAACAAAUUUCAAAUAUUUUCCACAAAA